UGUUUCGCUUACAUGAAGAUGGCAGUGUCCACACCGAGUUUUAGUGUUUCGUUACAAAAAGUUACAAAUUCAAUUAAACCCGAACAAAUUAUUAACUUCCACUAUGUGUCAUCCGAACGAGUUUUUGUCGUACAUCGUAAAAAUGGUGAUGUUGUUGUUAUAAAUGUCGGAGAUGAUCUGGAAAAUAGCACUAUUAUUGCUCAAGACGUGCUGCAAUUUCGGUUACUCUCAGGCAGAAGGACCAGAGAUUCCACCUACACAUUGGUGUCAUUCCUUGCUCUCCAGCAUGGUCCUGUUGUCAGCGUAUACAAUGUUUCCUUGGAAACGGGAUCACAGUCAGUCGUUUCGUCGCGUGUGGCAAUGUGUACCACAGAACAGCUGGGAAAGAUAUUACACAAACACUCAAAAUCAGAUCUACCUGAUGUGUCACACAUCCAUCUUCUUGCAUUUGAGUCAUCGUCCUCAUCAUCGCCAUCAUUGUCAACGGCAACCAUCCUCUGUGGCAGCAUCCUCUUGGAGUUAUCUCUGUGGGAGGACAAAGAGCCAGAAGCCAAAGAGUGCUCGGCUUUGGUCUGGGACCCUAAAGUGGGCAGCAUAGUCCAAUGCAAGAUGCUGCACGGGUUGGUGUUCCUACUGCACCAGUCUGGCAAUAUCACCGUGCAUUCACUGAGCAGAAAGAUGGCGGUAGCCAGCAUCCACUUCCACAAGUUUCUCCAUCACCUGUACCCGAAUGCCAGCAUGGAAGUACUCAAACCUCUCCACCCUGAAUGCCUAGACGUCAGCCCCGACCUGCGGCAUCUCAUACUCACCCAGCGACAGGCCAAGUUCAACAUCUACAAAAUCAGCCUGAAUGAGUACUUUGCAGUCUACCCCUACCAUGUCAAAGUUCAGAGGUCGGGUAGGUCAUUGUCUCAAGGAGCGGGGAGCCGGAGGGAUGGCGACGAAGAUGAGAUUGCUUUCAUGCACGGUGGGGUUAAAGUUCAAAGGGAAGGGGAAGGCGGUAAUCAAAGCUGGUUGAAUGUCCUUGCAUCGGCAUCGAGGCUGUUAUCAAGGAGUGGUAAGACUCCACCUCAUCAGGCUGAUUUCUCUCAGUUGUCACCUGAUUCAGUAUCGGGAGCCACAGCUAACUGGUUUGAGCGUGUUGGCCUGACUGAACUGAUGUCUUCCAAAUCAGGAACUGUUCAUCGGGAGCCCGGCGACUCAGGGAAUAAACAGGAGAAGAUCUCUGGUUUUGGCAAGCCGAGACAUAGGCAUGAAUCUGUGGGCUCCUACCGACCGAAACUCGUCAUCAAGAAGCGUGAGGAUGAAGCCGACUUAGCCUUAAGUCCCUCCGCUGCCAUUAGAGCCACGAAAGCCUUCCGGGACCUGGAGGUAGCCGGCAUGUUUGUGACCAGGACCUCAGCUGUGAUAUGGUACCGGGGCAAUGCCAAGCUGGAGGUGAACAGGGGGCGGUAUGGCGGGGUGUGUCUGGUGGACCUCAGAACAAAUGACAUGGAUUACUUCAGCUUUGCAGAGCCUGUUGUCGUCAGCUUUUCCCCUAACUCCAGCCACCCACAUCUCCUCCUGUCUAAUGGUAGUAUUGAAGCCCUAGCCUAUGGAGUGGAUCAAGAGACACUUGUCAAUAAGCUGAUGAUUUACAGCAGUGCCAGUCUGGCUGAGACGGUGUGUCAUUUGAACCACUGGGAUCAUUACUCCAUUCCCAUACAUGCCCUGGAGAUCGGCCUUAAGCAACGGCAGUUAGAUACAGUAGCCUUCUUCCUCAAGAGCAGAGAGAAUGUUUUCAGGUACUGUCCAUCGCCCAGCUCACCAGCUCGAAUGGGCAGUCCCCGCACCCCGUCCCCUCCCACGGCUGACCAGACCCAGCUCUGGCCGGCCCUGGACCUCCUGAUGGCCUCCAUCAGGGCCCACGCCCGUGAGCACCAGUCCCGUCAGUACGCCCUGCAGCUCUUGAACCUGACGCUGGCCUACGUCAACCGGCUGGUGCAGAAUGCCAGCGAGACGGCCGCGUUGCUGCGAAGCCGGGGGGAGGAUGAGCUGGGCAUCAUGGAGGGACUGAACCUGACAGAGGAGGUGCUGGAGGGAGCCCUCCAGAGGCUUCAGGGUUACGUCCGGGACAUGUGGGUGUACCUGAAAGGAUGCCCCAAGUGGAUCGGCGCGAAACAGGAGAAGGAAGUCCCAGUGAAUAAAGAUGAGGUUGACUCUGGGCCGAGAGAUUUAUUUCUACUGGAGGGACAAAUAGCUGAGAAACAAAUCAAGAAGUGGCGAAAAAUGCAACAAGAGGAAGUGAUCAAAGAUGCCAUCUUGAAACGCUGUCUGCCACUGGCGCAGGCAUACCUGUGUAGUUGCCAUGGAGGGUCAGGGGUCAAAGUUCAGAUGUCGGAUUUGAUUGAGCAGGGGCUUCAUCUUAUGCUAAAUUCUUUGCUCAAUGCUGACCUCAAAACGGCGACCAAGAUGCUGCAACACAUGGGUUAUGAUGUGAAUGCGCAAUUGAAGAAGAUGUGUCUGUACACGGCAAAUCACAACCUCAGAAACUUCUUGAUUGACCACCUCAGCCAAUCAGGGCAGUUUACACCAGAGGAGGAGGGCAUGAUUACCUUCAUCCACCAAUUGGAACACUUGUACACCUGCCAGUCAUUUGAGAGGGCAAAAGCACUGGCCCUGGAAAGUGGGAAAAGAACUUGGGCUGGCAUAGUCCCGCCAAAACAGUCCCUGAACUUUUGGGCCCAGAACUUCAUGGAAACCAGACUGCAGCGGGGAGAGCUCGUCAACUGUGAACCGCCCAACUGUGAGAACUUCCACUAUGCUCACAUUGUACUGGAGUGGGUUCGAACCUGGGACCAAGAGUUGAGAGAGCGAGUCUUGCUUGACGUGCUUCUGAACUCUAAAGAUACCUCAUUUCGGCCACACAUCAAUCCUAAAUCCACCUGGCGUUACCUGACUGCCCAUGCUGACAGCAAGCACCUAGUUGAUUGGAUCACAGCAAGCCUGCCCCGAGCAGGCAGCCGUACCACUAAGCCUGAGCAUCUCAGCCCAGUCCUGGCCCAACCACUGUUUGCAGACGGGGCUGAUGACUUGGAGGGGCGCCCAGGCUAUGUGAGAGAAAAGAUCCUGGAUGAACUUGCAAGUCGAGGAAUCUUCUCAUCCACUGAACUCUCCAAAUUUGACUUCCUCUUGACGCGACUCGGUCGUACCUUACAGCUAUAUGCUGACCCAUCAUCACUGCACGGAGAUGGAGACAUGAGGGAGAGAUUCAACCAGUGGUUCAUUGAAAUGUGUCUCAAAGAGGAACUGCCCAACGUCUUGUACCUCUACUUUGACUUCUACGGGUUGUAUUUGUCUGAGAAUGAGGUGAUAUCAAUGCAACCACCAUUGAGUGACUGUAGCUGGCUAGAGAUGCUGCUUCACUUCCGAUGGGUGGGAAGACAAACCACAGAUCCUUCACUGAUGUUCCAAGCCAGCCUCUCCAACUCCCAACUGUUGCUAGGCAACAGCCAGCCAACCGUCUCACAGCUUGUAGCCAGUUAUCCCCUAGUUGCCCUGGCAACCCUCAUCUUUGCUCCAGGAACUUUCUCAGAGGCUAUGACGCCAGCGACUACGGUCGAGGAGAGACUGUGGAAGGUAGAUGCUGAGGUGCUAGAGACAGCCCUGAAGGCUUACCCUAAGCUACAGACAGCAGUCUUCCCUCCCAUUGAUGUAGAUGGAGUUAGUCAGCAGGACAUUACCGUCUACCAGCUGCUGCAAGGCAACUGUCCCUACGAUCCAGCCAGGCUGUUCAAAUGGCAGACUACUAACCCUAUGGUGAACAAACGAGAUCGUACCGAGAUGCCCCACUUCUCCCAGCAGUAUCUCACAGGUCGUUACGCCUACUCCGAGACCUUCCGCUUCACCUACUACCUGUACCAAGGCAGACCCUCCUUUGCCUACCUAGCAUUCCUGGCCAGCCAGCUACAGGGAGGAGGAACGCCAACGAAGAAAAAGCUCCUAGCCGCACACCUGAAGGCCUACUGCACGGCCAUCAAGCAUUUCUCCAAUCGUACCGUCGCUGCGGCCUGUGUUGCAUUCGUGGAGAUGCUGGGCCAGGAUAGCUUGUCAAUACGUAUUGACCUCCAGGCUGCCCUGACCAUACUGGAGCACACGGAAUCCAGAGGGGGAGGCGGGGCCAAGACCAGGAAGGACAAGGAGCAACUGGAACAAAAUCUGGUGAAGAGGCUGCUUGCAUGUCUUCAAGGCUCAAAGAGCAAUGCUGAAGAAGUCCUGAGAUUGUUGGAGGUUGCCAUCACAAGCAAGCUCAAUCUCAUCAAAGUAGACUUAUCCUCAUGGGAAGCAUCAGAGGAGUGGUCCUUGGCUAUUCACUUCUGUCGACGUCAUAAACUGCCCCUCAGUGCUGUCUACCCCGCGCAGUGCGCAUCAGACAACCAGUGGUUACACUUCACCUGUUUUGUGCAGGGGCACCAGUAUCCAAAGCAACAGGUACUUGAUUUGCUGCCAAGGUUUAGGAGUACCACCAUCAGGGAGCAUCUUCAGGACGCCUUCCGCAAUCUCCACCGGGGGCCGGCCAUCCUCAGGGAUGACCAGCCGAGCUCGGUCAGUCGGCCAGUCACACAGUCUGGCCAACGCAGCCGAGACAUCAAGGCACAUUACUACCAGAGAGUGGGGUUUCUACGACGACAAAACACGGACAUGAGCUCUGAAGAUGACACUACAUGCGGCAGUGAGGAUGCUAUGUCUCCAGAUGAAGGCGUCCCACAAAUUGUUGUACCGGAAGAACUCGACAUCAACCGAGUUCCCAAGGACCUGUUUGGUGUCUUGUUUGACUGUAACACCACGCCGAUCCCUUGGAAGUCACUGUUAGCGCACGCUGUAGCACUCAGGGAACCAAUACUUGCUGUCAUCGCUGCCUGCUACAAGGAUUGUGUGACAUUAGACUGUCUCUGUACAUGGCUCUUGACCUCACUUGAUGACCCGACCUCAGUGGAAAAGGUCACUGAGUCCAUGGCAUCUGUUCAGUGGCAUAGUUGGACUCUGGAUGAGCUGGCGACCAUCGUUGAGGUUGCCAUGACAACUGGUCUGGUGACACUCCUCGCCAAGGGCUUCUACAUUUUUGAUAAGGACUGUGCCAUGAAUCCGUUCCUGAAUUUCUGUGAAGCGAUGCUGGUCAAAUGCGACACGUCUCAGGCAAAAACGUGCCUUCAAGAUUUCCACACGGCCAUCUUGAAGUGUCGGAGAAAAGGCAUUGUGGGAUCAGGGACCCACAGCCCGAGGCCCGUCCCCGCUUUCAAGAUUGGCGAUCUGCGUUGGUAUGAGGACACAGCCAGCUCUGUAGUCUACUCUAUGGUGGCUGGCUGCUCAAGCUACUGGGAUACGUUCUGUCUGCUUGAGGUCUUGGCUCACGCUAACUUCUCCAGGAUUGUGUCUAGACAAGUGCCGGAUUACAACAAGCUAUACAAGAUGACACAAGCCCUGACAGACACCCCCAUACACGCCAACAUAACCUGCCUGCUGGAAGGCACAGAGUACAUGGAUGAAUGCCACAGGGUGCUGGAGAGCCUGAAGGAGGCCAAGCUGCUUCAGAAAGCCAAGGAAUUUGCCAGUGUCGCCGGUCUGCCUGUAGAUCAAGUCAUUGUAGAACAGCUGCUUUGCAAACUUGCCAGACUCCAGAAAUCCAAAGUGUGGUUCACAGAGGCCGGGCGGAUGAUCUUCUGGAAAUCUUGCCACAAUUCCUUCAAAGCCAACAGCGUGUCCGGCAGGGCUGUGUCAAAGUUCUUCAAGAGCCAAGUCAAAGAGCAGAGAGACUUGCAGGCCAGAGAGAAGGCUAGCCUGCUGAGUCUGGCCCACAGGUGGCUGGUGAAGGAGACUACCACGUCCCCUGAGCAUAAGGCUAUCGUAGAGGGCUUACAACAGGAAGCCUGGAGGUGGAGACUAACAGCUGAAGUUGAGAAGAUGGAUGCUACACCUGUCCCACCUUCACUGCUAGAGGGCGCUUUCAACGCAGACCGCACCGAGUGGUUUGACGAGAUGGACUUCAAGCGUCGCUUGUCAGAGGAGCUGCUGUACAUUGCCAAUGUGGAAGUAGACGCAUACGUUCCUCCGAUCCUGAAAGACGAAAAGGAGGUGCGUGCCUUAAAUCUGAUCCUCGGCCAGCUCCUGGACAAGUGCUGCAUCCGGCAGGCCCAUCGCCUGGCCAAGCAGUUCAACCAUCCCCAUCAAGACUUGGCCAUCAUACUGACCAGCAUCCAGCUGGCCUCGGCGCCAAUGGGGCCAUCGGAGCUAGAACCGGAGAUGAGGCGGUUGGUGGUGGCAGCAGCGGGAUCAGGUCUGGGGGCUGGAGGGAUUGGUGGUGGGGUUGGAAGAGGAAGAACCAGGAAGACGAGUGAAGCUUGGAGGGGAAUGAUGUCCAAGGGCAUGCUGACAAGAUCUGCAAGUACCGUGAGUGUCAGCAGCUUAGCUAGCCUGGACCCGACUGAAGACCCAGAGGAAUUGGACGAGAUCCUUACAACUAUUGAAGCCCUGUGUGGUAACUGCUCAUCCCAGGCUAGGCAGUGCUGUGACAGGAUCAUCAAUGCAUACAGGAUAGCUCAGGUCCUGAGUAGCUCCUACAGAUCUGUGGUUGUCCAAGCACCGUUCGAUAGCCUGAGAUCCAUACUACGGUGCCGUCACCCACAGCGUUUUGCAUUAGCCAAGACUUUCAUUCUUGCCAACGAAAUGACUGAUGCCCAGGUUGCAGGCUUUCUAUGCGAGGCAGUGAUCACCAGCCUGAAGACCCGCCAGCCCCAACCGCGAAGGAGAGAAGGUGGUUUGUCCUCCCGUCUCUCCUCCGCCUCUCUGUCCUCCUACAUGGGUCAGGAGCUUGGGGAUAGAGAGGAGUUCAGCCAGGUCAUCCAGCUGUGUCGCAACCCGGCCAUCCUGGGCAACAGACUGCUACAAGAGGCUACCUCAUUGGUCAGCUCAGACAUUGCCAACACCAAAUCAGUGUACACCAUGGAGGUGGAGCUAAUCAUCAGAGCCCAUGACUGCCACACCGUGUGCUGUAACAUGGAAGGUAUAUCCAACGUGCUCAGAAAGUGUCGCGAGUGCAGCAACGCCCUGGCGUUUGCUGAGGAGUACGGACUUCUGGUGCGUUUACUGACCGGUGUAGGCAGGUACUGUGAGAUGUCCUACAUCUUGGAUGUCCUCAGAUCUAACCAGCAGAUUGAGUUGCUCUUGAAGAGAGGAGGCAAGGACGAUAAUCUGAAGGUUGCCUUGUUGGACUACCUGAAGCGUUGCGACCCUCCUGACACUGAGGCCUAUAACUUUGUGGCAGUCAAGUUUGAGAUGAAUCGUGAGAUUGCUGAGCUGUUGGAGAGAGACGCGCACGAGCAGCUGAAGGGCAUGAGCAAGAAAACGAUGGAUGCAAACAUUGAGCUGCAGAAUAGUCUCCAAGUCAUCUUGCAGGACUUCACAAAGGCUGCACAGAGCUAUGCCAAGGACAACUGCCUACGCCACGCUGAGCAGUGCAUCAAGCAAGCGCGUCUUGUAGCAUUGCAGCUCCACCUUCUGCCAACCAAGACUCAGGUCAUGAACCUAGACUCCAAAGCCCUGGGAACGUUCAUGAUGAAACAUCAAAGAUUUCACGAGGCCCUGAUUGUUUCCGAUGCUUAUGGGUCACACACCCAUUGGCCGGAUGCCAUCUAUCACAAUGUGGUCAUACAGGGCGACUUCAAGUACCUGGAGGACUACAGUAAAUGCAUACCACUCAAUGACGCGCUGUUCAGGGAUGUUGCCAACAAGUAUCGCCAAGGCGGCAGCAGAACGUACCAACCAACCUCCAACAUGAAGAAACUGCUGGGUUACUGUGACGACGUGCUCACAGCUUACAAGAUUGCUACCGAGUUGAGCUUCCAAGACAUUGCCUUGAGCUUGCUGGAGAGUGACGCCGGGGCCUACCUGAAAGAUGUUGCUUGAGGCAUAAAGCUGCUGAGCGAAAAUUAACAUUGCUCAGUACAUUUUAAAGCAGUAUAAAUCACAUGGCUUUUGCAGGAAACAAAGGGUCAAAGAUGUUGCCUUGCGCCUAUGGACUCUCUGCAAAAGUAUCCCCUAAAUUGGUUACAAAGUCAGAGUUGAGUGGGACUCCAACACGUCACCGCUGUGCUGCCGGCAUCACACGCAGACAGCGUCACAGGCAGACAGUAUGGGCUUGUGUACAUUCAGAAUAACAUUUAUUGUGCGUACACCAGUGUGUUCACACACGAGAUGUGUCUUCCCCAUAGAGCUCUCCAAAGUGGCUAUAGACCUUUAUCAUGCUGCCACCAUUUCAGUCAUGUUCCCUGUAUCCAAUGACAGUACUGAAUGACAAUGUUUUUUGUGCAAAAA